UCCGGCCCCUCUCCCCGCUCCCCCCCGGUCCGGCGCCGCAGCUCUCGCGAUACCGGCUGUCCCCCGGACGGGAUGUUGGAGGGCCGUCGUGUGCCUGGGGAACGCGCUGCGUGCAGCCGCUGGAUGUCAAUGGGCUCGAGCCUGGCUCGGCGGAGCGCGGCGGGCGAGCGAGACGACGACGACGACGGCGACGGCCGGGCCGGAGAGCGAGAGCCGGGGCGCGAGGGGAAUCUGACGGCGGUCGCGAGCCCGGGGGAGACGCCGCCUCUGCCUCGCGCAGCCGAGCAGCCGGAGCUGCUGGAGGGGAGUGUGUUUCAUUAGAUCGGAUUUCAGGGAAGGAGAGAGGAAAAAAAAAAGGGGGCAACACACAGAGGGGGGAAAAAAAAGCCCAGAGGAGACGCAGAGGGAGAGCACAAGGAUGGACGCUCGCUCCGCAGCGGGCUAAGGGAUCGGUCGUGUUUAUUGUCUUCGAUCCCUCUCCCAGAUAGAUCGACAGUCGGGCUUGUGCGUUGUCCUCGCUGCUCUCUCCCGUGUCCCGGCUGCUCUCGGGUGAAGCGUUGCGCGCAGCUGUGUGUGGAUGCGGGAGAGCCGGGCCGCUCUCCCAGGCGCGGAGCUGCGGAGCUGCGGAGCCCGGCUCUGCGGACCCGGGCAGCCGGGCUGAGCGGGCUGCUGCGCGGCCAGGGCAGCGGAGACAGGCUGGCGGGGCUCGCCCGGGCCUCCUCCUCCGCCUGAACGCCGGCUUCCCCCCCGCUGCAGGAGCAGGGGGCGAGCGACACAGGGGGAGAUGUGAUUGUUUCCCCCUUUAAAAAAAAAAACAACAACAACAACAACAACGCAAAAAGACUUUCCUGCGGGUUUUUUUUAUUUUGGGGUCUCAUCUACAUGGAUGGUAAAUUUGGGGAGGCAGCCGUCGGGAGAGGACAACAUCUGCGGCGAUGAAGAUAAUGGAAGGUUGAGGCUCUAACCCAGUCUCCUUCUGCUGGGGGAGGUGGAGAGAGAGACUUCACAGACAGCGAGUGGUCAUUCCGCUUUAUGCUGGGGGACAAACCUGCUUAAAGACACGGGGUGCAGACGGGGAUCCCCUCUUUCUUGCCUGGCUCUAUUUAUUGACCCCCACGCGGCUCUCUGACGGCCCCGGGGCUCGUACGUGCGAUAUGGAUAAACUCACCAUCAUUUCAGGAUGCCUCUUCCUGGCUGCCGACAUUUUUGCCAUCGCCAGCAUCGCGAAUCCGGAUUGGAUUAACACUGGAGAAUCCGCAGGUGCUCUUACCGUGGGCCUGGUCAGACAGUGUCAGACUAUCCAUGGACGGGACAGGACCUGCAUCCCCCCGCGGCUGCCUCCGGAAUGGGUCACCACGCUGUUUUUCAUCAUCAUGGGGAUCAUAUCCUUGACUGUCACGUGCGGCUUGUUAGUGGCGUCACACUGGCGCAGGGAAGCCACGAAGUACGCACGCUGGAUAGCCUUCACUGGAAUGGUCCUGUUCUGCAUGGCAGCUCUCAUCUUCCCCAUAGGAUUCUACAUCAAUGAAGUGGGAGGACAGCCAUAUAAGUUACCUAACAACACAGUGGUGGGGUCUUCAUAUGUACUGUUUGUCUUAUCCAUUUUUUUCACGAUAGUGGGACUGCUGUUCGCUGGGAAAGUCUGCCUGCCUGGCUGACAGCUCGUGCCCGCUGUCGUCUUCGAGCUUGGAAAUUGCACCUGCAGAGGGGUACUUGAAAAAAAUACCGAAAUGGACUAAUAAUGAGCUGUCUUUGUGAAGGGGGGGGAUCUUAUUUAAAACUCUCAGCUUGUUCUCACUAUGCACUUUGGAUAAACUGAAGAGCCUUUUUUCCGGAUGAGACGCAGACAAUGAGCAGCAUGCCUGCAGCCACUGACGUAGCUGCGCCCGCACUGUGACGCGUAGUCGUUCAGAGGGUCUUCGUUGAUGACAAGAACAUCACCCUUUACUGUACAUGUUGUUGUUUUGUUUUUUGUUCUCGAUUGGUAACAGUUUCAUCAUGCAGGAGUGUUUUACCAAUUUCGAAAAGCAGGAGUAUGGAAAGGUGGGCUUCGUGCUGGCUUGUGUAGUCAAAGCCUUCACUCGAGAGUCUGGGGGGUGCCCUGUAGCCGGGAGGUUGCCAGUUCAGAUCCUGGCUUUGCCACGCGCUGACUGGUUUGGAGCUCCCAGGGACUGGGACACUAUGGGCUGAAUAGCGUAGAGUUGAAUGGGGCACCGUGGGCCUGCUGCUUCUCAGGCAUCUGAGUUUCGGUUCAGGCUGGCACGGAGGCCCUGUCAGGGCGGAAGGGAAGAAGGGGCGACCCGAGGCGAGUGACCCCGAUACUCGUGCUCCAUUCUCCUGUCCCAGGCAGGUUUCGUGUGUGGCGGUGGAGGGCGGGGUUAGGUAGGCACCUCUGCUCGCUAGCAGGGAAGAAGAAAACCCCUCUGGUUCUAAAUUUUAAGAAACAGAAUGAAAAUCUGAAACUCGUCAGUACUUAGGCCAGUGGAUUGCGGGACAAGUCCAGGUGAGGCAGGCCUCACGGUUUAAAAUGUCGGCUGUGAAAAUUAUUUUUCACGGUCAUGUUUCAGUACCUGAUGAUAAACCAAAUAAAACUUAAAUCCUUAAUUACGUGUUGGAUCAGUUCAUCAAUAAGCCUGUAAUUUUAUUUCAAUCAGUAAACGUUGGUGUGUCACCCCUCUCUUAUGUUGUUUGUAAUUUACGUGGCCUAACUUGUUACAUACUGUAUAUAAAUACAAUGCCAGAAAUGCUGUUUGGUUUGCUAAGAGAGCACUGUGAUAUGCACCAACAAUCAAAUCCAAUAACAAGAGAAGCUGUUGUCCUGAAGGUGUUGGGUAAAAGCUCUUUGGGUUCCUCAUUCUCGGUAAUUCACCCCGAUUUCUUAGUCCCAGAAAUCGUCCCAUCCCCACUUGCUCCCUCUUGGUGCAGUUUAAUAAUAGAUAAAAAUGUCCACAGUUCAAUCAGAUUUCUGUAUAUCGAAGGGCAAAAAAUGUCAUUUAAAGCUAAAUCUGGAAUGUAAAAAAAUACACUGUUGGUAACAUC